GGAGGGUAGAAAAGCCCAGCCCGCCCCCUUGACGGCACAUGGCAGCAGGGCGCUCGGUUUCAGCGCAGGUUAACUAGGUCCGUGCUCCCGUAGCGCCCCGCAGCACUAGGUUUGCUGGGCUACCGCAGGGAUUAAAAUGCAGCUGGCUCCUUACUUCUUUUGGGGCUGCAGUAUUUUCUUAGCUUCAGGAUACAACUCCUUUAGUAAGAGCAUGGAGACGAUGGGCAAGAAGCAGUACCAGGUCCAGCAUGGGUCAUGCAGCUAUACCUUCCUUUUGCCUGAGACGGACAACUGCCGGUCUUCGACUUCUUAUGUGUCCAAUGCCGUGCAAAGGGAUGCACCUUUAGACUAUGAUGAUUCAGUUCAAAGACUGCAACUACUUGAAAACAUCAUGGAAAACAACACUCAGUGGCUAAUGAAGCUUGAGAAUUACAUCCAAGACAGUAUGAAGAAAGAAAUGGUAGAGAUCCAGCAAACUGCAGUGCAGAACCAGACUGCAGUAAUGAUUGAAAUAGGCACAAACUUACUAAAUCAAACAGCUGAACAGACUCGCAAAUUAACAGAUGUUGAAGCACAAGUAUUAAACCAGACAACCAGACUUGAACUUCAGCUUUUGGAACACUCUCUUUCAACAAACAAACUAGAAAGACAGAUUUCAGAUCAGACCAAUGAGAUUACUAAAUUACAAGAAAAGAACAGCUUUCUAGAAAAAAGAGUUCUUGAGAUGGAAGACAAGCACACUCUUCAGCUGAAGUCAAUAAAAGAUGAAAAAGAUCAGCUUCAGGUCCUAGUAGCCAGACAGAAUUCUAUUAUAGAAGAACUAGAAAAACAGUUAGUUACAGCUACAGUAAACAACUCAGUUUUGCAAAAACAGCAACAUGAUCUGAUGGAGACUGUUCACAACUUGCUUACUAUGAUAUCUACACCAAACUCUAAGAACAACUUCAUAGCUAAAGAGGAGCAAAUCAGCUUCAAAGACUGUGCUGAGGCUUUCAAGUCUGGACUGACAACAAGUGGAAUCUACACUUUAACAGUUCCAAACACUGUACAAGAAAAGAAGGCCUACUGUGACAUGGAAACUAGUGGAGGAGGUUGGACAGUUAUUCAGAGACGCGAAGAUGGCAGUCUGGACUUUCACCGGACAUGGAAGGAGUACAAGAUGGGAUUUGGUGAUCCUGCUGGGGAGUACUGGCUGGGAAAUGAGUUUGUUUCUCAACUGACUAAUCAGAAGCGUUAUGUUCUUAAAAUACACCUGAAAGACUGGGAAGGGAAUGAGGCAUAUUCAUUGUAUGACCACUUCUCUCUAGCAAGUGAAGAACAAAAAUACAGGAUCUACCUUAAAGGACUUACUGGGACAGCGGGCAAAAUAAGUAGUAUAAGCCAGCCAGGAAAUGAUUUUAGCACAAAGGAUGCAGACAAUGACAAAUGUAUUUGCAAAUGUUCACAAAUGCUAACAGGAGGGUGGUGGUUUGAUGCAUGCGGACCUUCUAACCUCAACGGAAUGUAUUAUCCAUUACGACAGAACAACAACAAAUUCAAUGGUAUCAAAUGGUACUACUGGAAAGGCUCGGGAUACUCUCUCAAAGCCACAACUAUGAUGAUUCGACCAGCAGAUUUCUAAAUGUUUUUGUAUUAUGUGAAUUAUGUAUUGUAUAGCCUUCAAAGACUUCAUUUUCCAAGCAUAUAAACACACAUCUGCAACUUGUCUCAUUUUCAAGCAUGCAAGUGUUCUGAAGGGAUCGGUUCAGUACAAUUCCUGAAUUGCAAUAGCCUUGAUCAGCUAAAGCUCAUAUUAUUCAACCAGACACAAAGUCUAAAGUGUCAAUCUGAUAUAACAGUGAUUUGGCCAAACAACUGAAUAAAAAGAACAUCCAAGAAACCAUCAGACAACUUAAGGACACUGUUUUACUGGUCAUUUAUGUUAUGUAUGUGUUUGUUAGUAAAUAACUGGAACUGUGAAAAAUACCUAAAAAUAGUUUUAGAAAUAUGCGUUUUGGCUCAUCACUGAACUUUAAACAUUACUCUAAUAUAAAACACUUAACUAGAUCUAGAACUAUUUAUCUCUCUGUGUCAUGUUUGCCUUUUAUGUACAUAAAAACCCCACUGUCCUGUAAUUAGCUGAAUACUGUACUUAAAGAAUACAUUCUUUCUCCCCAUAGCCUCCUAAAGAACUUCUUAUACUUAUUCAGGGCUCUUUCCAAUAGCCUGCCUGUAUUACUUUAUUUAACAGAGGACAAGUAGCAUUUAAUUCUUUUGCAUUUAUUCUUGGGAAAUACUGUGUACAAAAAUCACUAUUUUUUUUCAAUUUGUACUUAUUACAGUCACUAUCUUAGCUGCAAAAAUCCCUGCAAAUUACAGCAUCUUAUGCAUACCCUUUAUAUUAUUAUGAAGAUUGCACUUUUUUCCUUCCUUUGUCAUUUAACUGUAAAAUAACUUAUCAGUAUUUUAUAAACCAAUACAAUGGCAUUAACACCAGAUGUCCGACUGUGUAUGACAAUCAGUUAUCACCUGGUACUGUAGUACAUCUAUACAUUUUGUAACAAUAACCUAACUGAAAAACAUAUGCAUGUUAUUUGAUACAAUUAAAUUUAUGCUCAUGACUUAAGAAACAAAUUACUACAUUUCUAAAACAGGAAAAAACCCACCCUGAAAUUUAUCUAAGGUCAUACUGUUGGUUUUUUUUCAGUAAUGUUAGGACUUCUCCCUAAGAAUUCUCCAUAGGUAGGCCCUCAAUGUAUACCACAAUGUGAAUAAAUUACUCUACUGGGUGUU